AAUUGUGUUGUGAGGCAAGAGAAAAAAACACCUUGAGAAAAAGAAGAGGGUUUUAUUUUCAUAAUCUUUUCACUUUCACUUUUGUCAUUUAUUUUUCAUUCUUUUGAAUGAUAUCUCCAAAUCAGCUCUCCUGCGUUUUUCAUUCAACCGCAGCGCCACCUAGCACCACCACCGCCACAAUCAAUUAUCAAUCAUUGUCAGGUUUCGGUUUCAGUUUAAGUUUCGAUCUUGUAAUGUAAUUGUAUUGUAUCUGUCUUUUCACACUGUUCGAGAAACCCUUCGUUUCAUUGUUGUUGCCGCCAUUUUUUUUUUUAUGUAUUAGGUAAAUCUGCUCAUACAUACCCUAUUGUCAAUUUUGUUUGUAUACUUCUUACAUUACUAUUUCAUCAGUAUAUGUAAAUGUUAUUUCUUGAUCUUCUUUCAUUGUAAAUUGUUGUUCUGUGUUUGUAUCAUCAACAUAUACAUAAGAGCAACCUAGAACAUUGUUUUUUUGUUUGUUUGUUUGAUUGUUUGUUAUUGCCUCCUAUAUUUUUGUGUUCAAAUUCAAACACAUCUAGCAUAGGAGUAUAGUAUAGAGAGUCUAAAAGUUCAUGGCAAACGGGUCCUCCCUUGAUCGCGUUGAAGCUGAAACGUUUGCUGAAUUUCGUGGUAAUGGUGGUUGUCUGGUGGAGGAUCGGGUUGAUAGCGCUGAUUAUGACAAAGCGAAACAAAAGUCUUUGUUUUGUCAAAUUUUUUCGGUUUACCUUAAGGAGGAUCGUAGUGGAGGUAAUGUGAGGCCUGUUCCGGUGGUGCUUGGUGACGGUCGAUUGGUUGAUUUACACCAACUUUUCUCUCUUGUGAAAGAAAACGGUGGGUAUGAUGUGGUAUCGAGAAAAGGGUUGUGGGAUUCUGUUAUAGUAGAGCUGGGUUUGGAAUUUCAUUUUUUGGCUUCGAUUAAAUUGAUUUAUGAUAAAUAUCUGAUUGGUUUCGAAGGCUGGCUCACGAAAACUUUCGAUCUAGAGAAAGAGUUCCGAAGCCUUUUGUGCUCGAAUCUAAAGGACAAAGAUGACCGUUUUGUCCCGUUUAAAUCGAGUAAUAUCAUCAAGCAUAUUGAUUUGGUUAAUCAAAAGAUUGAUGGUAGUGAUGAUGAUGAUAAAAUGUUUAGUAAUGCUGUUAAGGAGGAGGAUGCCUGUUGCAUGGAAAUUUCUGCCGAGGAAUUUAAUUCUCGCAAACGUAAGCGAGAAUCGUUAUCAGGAAUGGUACACUGGACGAGGAAUAUUGCAAAACAUCCGUUUGAUCCUGCAGCAAAACCAUUACCAGAACCUUCAAAGUGGAAGGACUAUAAAGGAGGUCAGGACUUUUUCCUUCAACUGCUGAAGGCAAGAAACAUUCUCUCGGUGAAAAAGCAUGCUGAACCAAACAGUGGAUCAUCUUCCCAGAAGGUGAAGAUGCAUCCUGCCAUGUAUGAGGAUCCUGUUGCUCCUGGUCACCAAAGUUCCAAGAGAUUGAGAUGUAGUGAAAGGCUUCCUAUCUCUGUUAAAUCUCGCUGCAGUUGCUGCAAUUCAUGUCCUGGUAACGGAAAUAAAUGUUCUCUGAAGAAAACAACUGCCAAACCAGACGGUGUAACUGAAAAGAAAAAAUCUGCUGCCAAACCGGAUGUCGCCAAAAAGAAAAAAUCUGCUGCCAAACCGGAUGUCACCGAAAAGAAAAAAUCUGCUGCCAAAUCGGAUGUCACCGAAAAGGAAAAAUCUGCUGCCAAACCGGAUGUAACCGAAAAGAAAAAAUCAACUGCCGAACCAGAUGUAGCCGUAAAGGAAAAAUCUGACCCAACUAGUGAUGAUUCUCGUGAAAAGAGUGUUUCUAUCGGUCAUCGUUUCCAAACGGAGGUCCCGGAAUGGACUGGUGUAGCUUCUGAGAGUGACUCUAAAUGGUUAGGCACACAGGUAUGCCCGGUUCAAGAUGACUCAAAACCUACUACUGAAACAGAUCUUGUUGGGAGAGGAAGACGAGGAAAGUGCAGCUGCAAUGUUCAAGGUUCUGUUGACUGUGUCAGAUUUCAUAUUGCUGAAAACAGGAUGAAACUGAAACUUGAAUUGGGUUCUGUAUUUUACCGAUGGGGAUUUGAUCGAAUGGGCGAGGAAGUUUCACUUCGAUGGACUGCUGAAGAAGAAAAGAAAUUUAAGGAUGCAAUGGGGUUAAAUAUCCCCUCCCAAAACAAGUCUUUUUGGAACAAGCCAUCCAAAUACUUUCAAAAGAAGACAAGAAAAGACAUGGUGAACUAUUACUUCAACGUAUAUCUUAUUCAACUGAGAAGCUAUCAGAAUCGCGUGACUCCAGAUACUGUUGACAGCGAUGACGAUGAAGUCGAAUUUGGAUCUUUUGGUGAUGGAUUUGGGAGAAAAGCUAUCAAGCAUCCAUCUGUCGAGUUUAUGGAGUGUUCAGAGAACACACAGUGCUUUGAUUUUGAGUAGACAAAACAAGGCGAUAAUUUGAUAAAUGCAUCAUAGCCAUUUUGAGGUUGAGAAAAUAUUUUCUAUCAUCAGACUUGCAUAUGUUUUCUUUCUCCUUUCUUCAUAAUCAGGAAUGCAUUCCUUUCCUAGGAAAAUUUUGGUGAACAUACAACAUAGAAAUGGAGAUAGAGGAAAGAACCGGCUAGGAAGAGAGUGGCUAUUGUGUUGGAACUUGGAAGCCAUUGGAGAUGUUAAAACUUUUUUUUCUCUCUCUUUUGGACAGCAUUCGUGCUGUAAAACUUGUUUAGGCGGAGCAAGCGCUUUCAAGUUUAUGUUUUUAGUUAGACAUUUGCAAAUUAAAUUUUCAAAUUAUAUUUUGGCAGGUCUUUGAAUUUGUGAUAUUACAAAAUUUGUUUCCUUGCAAA